AUGGAAAACAGGCCUAUACAGAACAAGACGGGAACAUUCGCUUUGUAUGACCUCCUGACGAAAUAUGACAAGAGAUUCCGCCCAAACUUCCGAGGCUCCAACGUAAGAGUCAUAGUUCAGAUGUACGUGAAUGGUCUGAGUUCCAUAUCUGACUCAGAAAUGGAUUACAAACUCAUCUUCUUCCUCCGGCAAAGAUGGAACGACCCGCGCCUGCGCUAUGGGAAUUUCGAACCGGAAGUGACGCAACCGUUCGUCACCCUGGACGAGUCGGCCCUGGCGGAUCUCUGGGUUCCGGACGUCUUCUUUGAGAACGGCAAGGGCGCCGCCUAUCCGGAGGGGAAGGAACACACCACGCUCAUCCGGAUCUACCCGAGCGGGGAUAUCUUAUUUACACGGAAGUUGUCAUUUCUACUGUCCUGUCCGAUGAACUUUCAAACGUUCCCGUUUGAUACCCAGCGUUGUGGAAUCCAGAUGGAGAGCUACGGGUACACCACCGACGAUCUUUCCCUGGAAUGGGCGGAACCGGAACCUCUGGAGAUCAACAGCAACAUCCGGUUACCUGAGUACGAUCUGGGAGAUUGGAAGUCUUUUCAAUGUGACGUCAAAUACCUCACUGGCACGUUUUCUUGUGUCAAAGCCACCUUUAUCCUGUCCCGUCGCUUCGAACACUACAUUCUACAGGCGUUUCUACCAUGCAUAUUCCUGGUGAUCCUGUCCUGGAUGUCGUUCUGGAUCAGUCCGGACAGCGUGCCUGCCCGGGUCGCGCUCGGCAUCACCACCAUGCUGGCUUCCAUAACUCUCUCCAGCUACUCUAACGGCGCCACACCGAGACUGUCGUACACACGAGCCAUCGACAUCUACAUGCUGACCUGCGCGGUGUUCGUGUUCUCCACCGUGGUGGAGUUCGCCUUGGUUCACUACGUCUUCAGGCGACGAUCGAGGUUCACAGGGCCGCUGGGGCGUCUACUUCGCUACGAUAACAAGGCCGCCCUAGCCGUACCGCAACUUGUCAAGAUAACAAUGAAAGAACCAAACCACAAUGAUGUUCCGGAGUGGAGCGUGGCACAAGAGCGACAUGACAAGAUGGCCGCCGAUGACGUCAUCAGCAUCCACGUCAAUCUGGCGAGCAAAAUGGACGUCGUGUCCAGAAUCCUCUUCCCGACACUCUUCCUGGUCUUCAACAUCGCGUUCUGGUGUAAAUACGUCAUGUGA